AUGGCCCUGCAGACUCCGCUGCCUCCCAACCUGCGGAGGGGGCUGACAACUUUCAGUGGGUCCCUCUUCAUCAACAACAAGACUGGCGACUGCGGCCUGGCACAGAGCUACCACCCAGGUAUGAUGAGAUUUGAGGAGUGGGCUUUAAUAAGAUCUGGGAAAGCUUUUAACCAUGGGUAGGCAAACUAAGGCCCGGGGGCCGGAUGUGGCCCAAUCGCCUUCUCAAUCUGGCCCACGGACGGUCCGGGAGUCAGCGUGUUUUUACAUGAGUAGAAUGUGUCCUUUUAUUUAAAAUGCAUCUCUGGGUUAUUUGUGGGGCCUGCCUGGUGUUUUCACAUGAGUAGAAUGUGUGCUUUUAUUUAAAAUGCAUCUCUGGGUUAUUUGUGGGGCAUAGGAAUUCGUUCAUUUUUCCCCCCCUUCAAAAUAUAGUCCGGCCCAUAGCUGUCAACUUUCAGAUUUGAAAAUAAGGGAUCAGCAGCCUCGAAAAUAAGGGAUCAGCAGCCUCACCUGUCCCGGGGACAGUCUACGGGAUAUCUAACAAUCCGGGAUAGCAGCGGGAAACGACGCUGGAAUAAGGGAAUUUCCCGCAAAAAAAGGGAAGGUUGACAGCUAUGGUCCGGCCCCCCACAAGGUCUGAGGGACAGUGGACUGGCCCCCUGCUGAAAAAUGUUGUUGGCCCCUGCUUAACAUUGAACUGGGGCAAACAAGGAUUCCGAUGAAAGCCCUUCCCAAGGGGGUGGUCUCCAUGGCUGUAGAUCAGUGGCAGAGCAUCUAUUUACAAUUUUAUGAUUAUACCAUUCUGUAGUUCUAUAGUUUAUUUGAUCUGAUUUAAUAUUUGGAAUAUUAAAUCGUAAGAGUUGGAUGGGACCACAAGGGCCAUCUAAUUCCAGCCCCCCCCCCUACAAUGCAGGAAUUUUUUGCCCAACAUGGGGCUUGAACCCACGGUCCUGAGAUUAAGCGUCUCAUGCUCUACCGGCUGAGCUAUCUCAGGAAUGAGAUUUCCAGCAACAAAUGUUGAGCUCAAAGCGGCUCACAACAACAUUGAGAACAACAAACACUGCAAUUGCUAUAACAGCAAAACGAGGCAGCAUAUUACGAAAGCAAAGAGCAGAAGCAAAUUAAACUGUUGGGACUAUGCCAAAAUGGCAAAAACUGACCGGAAAGCUCAGGAACCAAGAAGACCAAAACUUUAACAAAGAAUCGGGGAAUUUUUUAUAAUUUUUCAUGGAGACCACUGUAAGCAGAUGAAAACAUUAGCAGGAUUGCAAUAACACUUGUAAGGUAGCAAGUACUAGGGAGAAAAUGGAGUUAUAUAAAGUAUGGACUAUUGAAAAAGAUGCAGUAGAAAAGGUUUAAAAAUAGGACCCACUGAAGGGAAGGUGGGAAGUUCAGAGAUUUGGAGGAAUCUUUAAAUGUGUAUGUGUAUGGUUGUAUUAUAAUUUUAUAUUUGUAAAAUCAAAUAAAAAUGAUUUUAAGAAAAAAAGAAGAAAAGAAAGCAAAGAGCAAAAGCAAAUUCAUCAAAACAAUUAAUAUGAUUUAAUAAAGUGGUCGUGAUUCAGUUCAGUUGAAUAAAAUUCCUAUAUACCGCUUGAUAUACAACACUUCAAAGCGGUUUCCGAAAAGAAUGAAAUUACCGGUUAGAAGCAGCUGUUUAAAACAUUCAAAAAUAACAAUAAUAAGUCAACAAUAAGUGACAACUCAGAGUAAAACACAGCUCAGCAUUCUACAUUUCUGGGUAGGCUUGCCUAAACCAAAGUGCUUCCCCCCCCCAAUAAUUUUUAUUAAGUUUUAAACAAUUAUACAAUUAUAACAUAUACUGCAACAAACGUUGCACAACAAAAAACAACAACCCCAAAACAAAACAAAAACUAACAAAGGAAAAAGAAAAGAGGAAAGAAACCACAUCUGAAAAACAACAACAAACAGCUAAACAACACAAAAAAACUUAGUUAUUUAAAAAUCCAACCUUAUAAACAUGUUACUUGACUUCCUAUAGUCCCUCCCUUCUGAAUUCCCUUGUAUAUGAAUGUAACAGUUUUCCAAUAUCAUUAUUAAAACAUAAUAUUCCAGUUAUAAUCAAAUUUCUUCACUUUUCUUAAUGUUCUACAUCCUGCAGCAGCAGGAGGCCCCAUUAGCUGAAGUGGUGCUUCAGGUUAAGAACAGUUUCAGGUUAAGUACGGACCUCUGGAACAAAUUAAGUACUUAACCCGAGGUACCACUGUACUGGGAAGAUGCCUUCUUGAUGUCAAUCGGCAGGGAGUUCCGAAGUGCGGUUAUCACUUAAAAACCUGUAAAAGUGCUAGUUCUGCAGAUCAGAGCAGUUGAGGGGGAAUGCAAGGGGCAAGAUGGUCUCGUAGGGAAGCUGUAAUCCAAACCAAGUUGACGUUUAUAAGGGUGGGAUAUAAAUUCAACAAGUUAAAAGCUAUGCAAGAGCCCCUGUUUGUUUCACAGUCAUUUUGAAUGGUAUUAACUGCCGACUUUGUAUUCAACCUUUGGGCAAUCCCUUGGCAAGCUGCCUUAUCCAAAGCUCUAAUGACAAAAAACACAACGCCAUUGGCAAACGGGUCCAGAGGAGGCUGUUUUCUCCCUGAGAUGCUGCUGCUGCAAACUUUUGGCAUCUUUUCCAGACCACACGGUGCUUUCCAGUCUGCCGUUACAGAUGAUGCUGUACUUCAAUGCCUUCUUCUCCCCGUUCUGGUGCCUGUCGGAGGGGGUCAUGCUGGAACUGAAGGUAGUCAGGGUCCCCCCCCCCUUUUCUUUGUACGUUUCCGAGCACAAUUCAAAGUGCUGGUGCUGACCUUUAAAGCCCUAAACGGCCUCGGUCCAGUAUAUCUGAAGGAGCGUCUCCACCCCCAUCGUUCUGCCCGGACACUGAGGUCCAGCGCCGAGGGCCUUCUGGCGGUCCCCUCACUGUGAAAAGCCAAGUUACAGGGAACCAGGCAGAGGGCCUUCUCGGUGGUGGCACCCGCCCUGUGGAAUGCCCUCCCACCAGAUGUCAAAGAGAACAACAACUACCAGACUUUUAGAUGACAUCUGAAGGCAGCCCUGUUUAGGGAAGCUUUUGAUGUUUGAUGCAUUACUGUGUUUUAAUAUUGUGUUGGAAGGCGCCCAUAGUGGCUGGGGAAUAAAUAAAUAAAUAAAUAAUAAUAAUAAUAAUAAUAAUUAUUAUUAUUAUUAUUAUUAUUAACCGGAGCUGUAGUUCGGCAGAAAAACAUCUGCCCUACAUGUGGAAGGAGGAGACCCCAGAUUCAAUUCCUGGCAUCUCCAGGUGGGGAGGGACAGACCAGCCUGAAACCCCAAAGCUGUUGGGAUCAACUCUUUUUUUUGGGGGGGGGCAUCAUCUGCUGAAGAUUCUUUAGCUGUGAUUCCCUGCAUUGCAGGGGGUUGAGCUAGAUGACCCUAGGGUCCCCUUCCUACGCUACAAUUCCAUUUUUCUAAGUUAGAGGAAACACGAUAGUCCUUUUCAACUAGUUUUCUCUCUUUCUACCCUCCUUCCAGUAUAGCCUACUGCCCGCUUACUAUCAGUUCCUGCUGGUCAGUGCAUACCUGAUGAUCAUCUCAGCCGAAGGCCUGCGGCUCUACCUGGGGUUUAUUGGAAAUCUGCAGGAGAAGGUAAGGCCUCAAGGCAGGGAGGACGAACCUUAGGGCUGAGAGCCAAGUGUGGCCCUCCAUACCUCUUUGCCUGGCCCCCAGGAUUUUCUCCAGGCCACACCCCUCUCUUCUUCGCACCCUCCUCCUUCUUUUUUUAAAAAAGGUUUUUUUAUUAAUAAUUUCAACAUAUCAAAAGAUCAAAACAUAUCAUAUUCAUUAUUUUCCCCCUUUCUGCCCCCACUUCUCCAUCAAGCCCUCCCCCCUCCCCCCCAGACUUCCCUCAGCUCCUCUCUCUGAUUUUUCAACACAUAUUAUUCUCUGCAUACUGUGAAAUUGUAGAAAUCCUUAUAUUAUCUAUCUGCUAUGUUAACAAUCAAUAAAUGUGUGUAUGUUUGUUCAAAACCUGCCAAGGAGUCCAGUUCAUUUUGUUGUCCUUUUACGUAAUUUGUAAAAAGUUCCCAUUCUUCUUUGAAGUCACAGUUGUCCUUAUCUCGCAGUUUAUAUGUUAGUUUAGCCAGGUUUGCAUAGUUCAUCACUCUUGUCCCUGUUCCUUUCUUCGCACCCUCCUUCAAUGUGUUUUGCGCUGCCAGUCAGUGUAGACCAUUACACAAAACAAAAGAAUUGCCGUGAAUAACAAAAAUCAAAAAAUUUAAGGAAAAAUUAACCUAGAAUUAAACAAAGACUUAACGAGAUGCCGGCUACAAAACUCUUUUCACUGAACUAAUCAGUUUCCUCAGAAGGAAAUAAAGAAUUUUAAACCUUAAAUGAUUUUAAGCGAUAUCAAACAAACUCAAGAGUAGGGCUGAGAUGCUUCCUUGAGUUUACAAAAAAGGUAUAAAAACCUCAGUGACAAGUUUUAAAUAUAGCCCUAUUUAAGAGAACAUUAUAAACCUUAAAUGGUUUUCAGUGAUUUCCAGCAAACUCAAGAGCAGGGCUGAAACGCUUCCCUGAGUUUACAAAAAAGGUUUUAAGAAAAACUUACAAAGGAAUACGAGAGAAGCUGUUUAAGUUUCAAACAAACUCAAAAACAGGGCUGAAGCGCUCCUGACUGCUGAUGUUAAAGACUGAUACAGAGUGUUUCCAAUCACAGGUUUUUAUACAGUGGUACCUCAGGUUAAGUACUUAAUUUGUUCCGGAGGUCCGUACUUAACCUGAAACUGUUCUUAACCUGAAGCACCACUUUAGCUAAUGGGGCCUCCUGCUGCUGCCACACCGCCGGAGCACGAUUUCUGUUCUUAUCCUGAAGCAAAGUUCUUAAUCUGAAGCACUAUUUCUGGGUUAGCGGAGUCUGUAACCUGAAGCGUAUGUAACCUGAGGUUCCACUGUACUGUAAGGUGAAGGAAUUUUUAAAGGGACAGAACAUCUAGUUCAAACAAAGGGCGGGUUUGAUAAAGUUUGCAAAGAAUAACAAGAAUAAUAUUAAAUAGAGUUGUAAGAAAUUAUAAGAAGGAACUGAAGUCAAUAUAAGAAUUGAGACAUCUGGAGGGCCGAGGCUGAGGAAGCCUGGUGUAGGCAAUACUGGGCUGGAUGGAUGGGUAAAAGGCAGCUUCCUCUGUUCCUUGGCUCCUGCAGGUCCCGGAACUGGCCGGCUUUGUCCUUCUCUCCUUCCUGAUUGAGACGCCCGUCCUGCUGUUCAUCCUGACCGACGAACACAUCAUCCGCCUGCCUCUGGAGACGGCUGUCCACCUGGUCCUCCUCUUCUUCCUUGCCUCCGAGAUCACGGCGGCUGUCUUUGCUCUCAAGGGGAUGACCAGGCAGCUAGCCAGGCAGUUCUACCUGAAGCAAUUCGAGGAGGGGCCCGGCGGGCUGGGCCCAGGUGCGAGGGACAGCCAGCAGGGGGCUCGGCUGUCCGUCAGCCCUGACUCCGCCCUGCUUUCUGCACAGGGGCGCUAA